AUGCAAGAUGUGAAGCUUAGAGAUACGGUGUUCGUCUUCACGGACAGCCAGACUGAGCACAAUGAAUGCAUGGGUGAUUACACGAAUCUUGCACUCGGCGAGGACGGCCGACGAUUCUACUCGGUCAUCCUGCAUUGCGAGGAAGCGGGGAAUGAGCAUCGGCUGGCGAUGGCAGGGCGUGGGAGAGGUCUGAUUGGCAAGCUGACAGACGUUGAAAUCCUCAGACGGUAUCGGAGGGAAGGCGAUGGCAUCUGGAGAUUCGGUGAUGAUGAUGAGCUCGAAAUUGAUCUAACACAUCUCAGCUCAGAAGACGCAGCAAGGACUAUCCUGGCAUUUGUUGUAAGGCGAGAGAAAGAAGGACGAAGGUGGAACGAAGACGAACUGCCAUGA